CACAGUAGCCUUCAGGCAGAGCUCCUGGGAUGCGCAGGAAGUGCGGCUACAGGUUUUGUCGGGGGGAAAUCUGAGCCAUUUCUCUGUGGACAGCUGUGCUGCAGAGUCUGGGCAAGUUGCUGCUGAAUUUUGCACGGGCUUCCAGGAGUUUGUGGAAGUAUAAUACUUUGUCAUUAUGCGAUGUCGUCUCUCGGUCCCUCCUUUGUGCAAAUUAAAUUUGAUGACUUGCAGUUUUUUGAAAACUGCGGCGGAGGAAGUUUUGGGAGUGUUUAUCGAGCCAAAUGGAUAUCACAGGACAAGGAGGUGGCUGUGAAGAAGCUGCUGAAGAUAGAGAAAGAGGCGGAAAUACUCAGUGUCCUCAGUCACAGAAACAUCAUCCAGUUUUAUGGAGUAGUUCUUGAGCCUCCCAACUAUGGCAUCGUCACAGAAUAUGCCUCCCUGGGAUCACUGUAUGAUUACAUUAACAGUAACAAAAGUGAAGAGAUGGACAUGGAACACAUUAUGACCUGGGCCACUGAUGUAGCCAAAGGAAUGCACUAUUUACAUAUGGAAGCUCCUGUCAAGGUCAUUCACAGAGAUCUCAAAUCAAGAAAUGUUGUUAUAGCUGCUGAUGGGGUAUUGAAGAUCUGUGAUUUUGGUGCCUCUCGGUUCCAUAACCAUACAACACACAUGUCCUUGGUUGGAACGUUCCCGUGGAUGGCUCCAGAAGUUAUCCAGAGUCUCCCUGUGUCUGAGACUUGUGACACAUAUUCCUAUGGUGUGGUUCUCUGGGAGAUGCUAACAAGGGAGGUCCCCUUUAAAGGUUUGGAAGGAUUACAAGUAGCUUGGCUUGUAGUGGAAAAAAACGAGAGAUUGACCAUUCCAAGCAGUUGCCCCAGAAGUUUUGCUGAACUGUUACAUCAGUGUUGGGAAGCUGAUGCCAAGAAACGGCCAUCUUUCAAGCAGAUCAUUUCAAUUCUGGAGUCCAUGUCAAAUGACACUAACCUUCCCGACCAGUGUAACUCAUUCCUGCACAACAAGGCCGAGUGGAGGUGCGAAAUUGAAGCAACUCUUGAGAGGCUGAAGAAACUAGAGCGUGAUCUCAGCUUUAAAGAGCAGGAGCUGAAAGAACGAGAAAGACGUCUGAAGAUGUGGGAGCAAAAACUAACGGAGCAGUCCAACACCCCGCUUCUCUUGCCUCUUGCUGCAAGAAUGUCUGAGGAGUCUUACUUUGAAUCUAAGACAGAGGAGUCAAACAGUGCAGAGAUGUCAUGUCAGAUCACAGCAACAAGUAACGGGGAGGGCCAUGGCAUGAACCCAAGUCUGCAGGCCAUGAUGCUGAUGGGCUUUGGGGAUAUCUUCUCAAUGAACAAAGCAGGAGCUGUGCUGCAUUCUGGGAUGCAGAUAAACAUGCAAGCCAAGCAGAAUUCUUCCAAAACCACAUCUAAGAGAAAGGGGAAGAAGGUCAACAUGGCCCUGGGGUUCAGUGAUUUUGACUUGUCAGAAGGUGACGAUGAUGAUGAUGACGGUGAUGAGGAGGAUAAUGACAUGGAUAAUAAUAGUGAAUGAAAGCAGAAAGCAAAGUAAUAAAAUGGAAAAUGUUUGGAAAAACAAAAUAAACUUGUUAUCUCAGUCUGUACAAAAACCAGGAAGGAGGUAGAAAACCAAGCAUUGCGUUUGUAGGCCAAUUACAUUUAUGUGACAGUCAUUUCUUAAUUGAUUUUACUUUUGAUUUGUUUUUGCUUACAGAAAAAUGGGAGGGUCGGGGGAGGUCAAGCCAAAAGGUAUACGAAUCAGCAAAUGUGGUGCCUGAUUAUAGAAAUUUGUGAUUCCAUAUACAAUAUAGUAUUUUUAGCUAAUGACGUGCUGGCUUUUUAUUUAAUGAAUAUUUUAUAGCUUGUAUUUGAUUUGAUUACUUGAUUUCAUUUAUUCAGUUGCUUAAGAAAACUUACAUUUUAAACAAGCACUCUUAACUCCUAAUCUUCUUUGACACUUGAUUUUCUUGUUACAUACUACUUUUUUUUUAUAGCAAUACACUGUACUAUCAGAAACGAUUGAUAGUGACUACAAAAUCCAACAAUUAAAAAAAAUUGAGAUGAAAGAAGGAUGUCACAAAUACUUCUUCAGAAGUACCUAAAUGCCGAGAAUUUUCAAUAUUUAAUAGCGCAACCUUUCAAAGUGAGACCUGAGAGAUGUUCUUCUCCAUAGCACAUUUGAAGGAGAGAGACUCUAAUCUGAAAACAGCAGCAGAUGUCACAGGCUUUCCAACCAGUGCUAGCCCUGGAAGCUUCUUAACAGCAACACACUGUCAUCCAAGCCUUACCCCUUCCUUUAUACAGGGAGAGAUGUGGUCUGCGAGGGGACUUCGGCAGUGUGAGGUUUGCCACAGGCCCGCUCUGCACUUCCGGUGAGAGCACGUGUGUGUGUGUGUGUGUUUCAGAGAGGCCUGAUGAUCUUGGAUUCUCAACAUAUGGAUAGAUUUUUUUUUAAGAAGGAAAUAAAUACUAUAAAAGGACCGGCAAAGAUAAGUUUUCAUUACUUAGGCAAACGUACAAGACGAAGGGUCUUUUGAUAGGAAAUGUAGCCCUCCAGGCUGUCUCUUUUGAACCCUGACUAAGGAUGCUGGAGCCAGAGGGAAGGAGGUGUGGGUGCUGCUGUAAAAUCCUGGGCAGCCAGAGAUGCUCCAAAUGUUAUCACAUAUUUGUCAAAGCUUGUCUAAACUAUAAAACACCGUUUUUUAAAAAAAUAACUACAGGACAUUUGUAGUUAUGAAAAAAGGCAAAAGAACAAAGACUUUUUUUCCAGCCUAAAUUAGAGAACAGCACUGUUCAUUUGACUAGUAAAUCAAAGUCCUUUUGGUGAUUCUUUUUAUGGAAGAUUUAAGAAAGGACAUCAUCAUAGAUAGUAAUACUAUUUUCAAGUAUAUUUGAUCGUAAAAAGCCUCUUGGAAUUUGAAGCAUGGCGUGCCUCUAACCCUAUUAAGAGCUGAAAAAUACCCACAAAAUGAUCUGUGCACUGUUCCAGCUUUAUUUGGAGAAAAAUAACAAAUAAAUUUGGGCAAAUGAUUUAACCUCUUUGUGUCUGUUUGCUCAUCUCUAACAUGGGAAUGAUGAUAGAUCUACUUCAAAGAACUAUUAUGAAGAUUAUUACUAUUAUUAUGACGAUGAAGAUGAAACAAUACACAGAGAGCACUUCGGUGCCACGCCCAUGUAAACAGUCAGUUAAUGUUAGCUGCUGUGAUGAUGCCAGUGAAAAGACACUGAAAAAUGAGUGGUUUCAGUAACCUUCUGGAAAAAUAAACUAGCGACAUCAAGUGAUUAUUUGUUUAGUAUGAGAUGAAAUUAAAAGUUGAUUGCUUUCAGGGAAGAGUGUGAGCAAUAGAUGAAUUCUGUCGGCCUUUAAGGCUACCACCCACAGACUAAGUAGAUACAGAAAGAGUAGGUAAGUCUUUCACUUAGAAAGGGGGUUCCUCACAUACCCAAUCUGAUACAUAGAUACAGAGACACGCACACCACAAUAUAGUGCUGGUGACAAAUUGACAUACACUUAAAUAAGCGUCCUGUCUACUCCCUGACUCAAGCCAGGCCACUCAAGCAGAAAAAUCUCAGAGUAGAGCAGAAGGUUUGCACCUCUUGACUUCCCGGCAUGCCCUGCGACACUAUGGCUUAGCAGCCUGAAGGAAAGAGCUCAAGACGGUAGUUUAAAAGCCUCUUGCACAUUUUACCAGGCAAAGAUAAAGCCAUUCAUUCCACAAACAUUCAUUGAGCCCCUUCUCUGUGCCAGGUACUGUUUCAGGGAACAACUAGACAACAAUCUUUGCACUGUGGAGAUCAACACUAAACAAAACUAAUAUAUUUUAUGGAAUGAAAACCUGGGAUAAGUGUGUGCUGUCAAAUGAAGGAGGGAGGGAGGAGAAGGCCCAUAGGGAAUGUUGAGGUGUUUUCAUGUGUGGUUAGGAAAGGCCUCACUGAUAAAGGAAUCUCUGUGGGCUAAUUUUGGGAUCUGUGCAUUUUAUGUAAGAAUGUAAACCUUGCCCCUCAUUUAGGAAUAAUCAGCAAUAAAUUUAAAACAGACAGAUGAACUUAAUGAAACUGACAUUUUCCCUUUACAUAUAUAUCUAUUAUGAUUAUACAUAAAGUUUUGCUGCAUUAAUAAAAACAGCCAAAUAGGGCCAAAAGAGAAGGUAGUAGGAUUCUGUACCCAGGCCCAGAUUUACCAUUAACUAGAUAAUACUUCUGGAAUAUUUCCAUCCCUGCCAUUUCCCACCAAUAUUCCAGAGGUGAUUAUAAUUCAAUGUUCUGCCAUCAAGGAACUAUACAGAUUUAGGAUACAACGAAUUGAUAACCUCGGUGAUAAACUUAAAACUGUUCUCUACCAAGAAUUGGGCUGUAGUUCCCACAGGGCAUCAGCUGUUUUACUCUCUGUUCCAAAGCAGUAUCUUCUAGGGUUUUGAAUAUCCCUGAAACCUGAAUCAUAGAAACAGCAUUUUAUUUAUUUAUUUAUUAUUUUUUUGCGUCUUUGUUGACUUU